CGCGGCCCCCUCGUUCUCGCGCGAUUACGCGCGCGGGGAUAACGGUCCACGGAGGCUGUCGGGCGCUCCCUCCCCCGUGUUCGAUGGGCCGUGUGCUUUUGACAGCUCCCGACAGUUCUGGGACAGUAUAAUCCCGUUUCGUUUAGUCGCACGCUCCUUCCACCCCUUGUUUCUCUCGGAAACGUUCUUUCCACGCGUGAAACCGUGACGACGUCGACGUCGACGUCGACGCGCGCGAGAGAGAGAGAUGGAAUUUCGACGGGGGUGUGAGAGGUGCAGCUAGAAAGGACGAGCCUCGGACGUUUUCGCUCGAGGACGUGGUAAACAGCGAGGCCAAUGCCAGGCGUAUCGCGAUGGUCGAAAACUGCUUCGGCGGAUCGGGUCAGCCGCUCGCGGUACCCGGCCGAGUCCUGGUGGGUGAAGGAGUCUUGACGAAAAUGUGCAGGAAGAAGCCCAAGCCUAGACAGUUCUUCCUGUUCAACGACAUAUUGGUCUAUGGCAAUAUCGUGAUUAAUAAGAAAAAGUACAACAAGCAGCAUAUAAUACCAUUGGAGGAGGUAAAGUUAGAGUCUUUAGCGGACGAGGGUCAAUAUCGUAAUGGAUGGCUCAUUAAGACAGUAACAAAGUCGUUUGCUGUUUAUGCUGCUACUCCAACAGAAAAGCAAGAAUGGAUGGCACAUAUCACAAAAUGUAUCGAAGAUUUGUUAAGAAAAAGUGGCAAAAAACCUGUCGAAGUCCACGCAGCAGUUUGGGUGCCAGAUAAUGAAGCCACAAUUUGCAUGCACUGCAAUAAAACACAGUUCACAGUAUUAAACAGACGGCACCACUGUAGGCAAUGCGGAGCGGUAGUUUGUGGUCCAUGCAGUAAUAAAAAAUUAUUAUUGCCUGGGCAAGGAAAUGGUAAAGCUGUCAGGGUCUGUUUACAAUGUUACGAUGCUGCUAGUAAAAUCAAAGCUAUACCCACGACUGCCGGGGAUGGCUUAAAUAACAAAGACCCGCAACGUAAUAAUUCCGCUGAUAGUUCAGGAGGGGACAGCUCUGGAGACGAGGAUGACGGAAAUAAGGAGGAGAAUCACGAUGAGCCUAAAUUCUAUUCCACGCUUGGCCGAUGAAAAUGACUGUUUAUCAUACCGAACGAGAUACAAAAGAGAUACGAAAAUUCUACAAAAAAUUAUUUUUAAAAAUCAAUAUUGAAUUAUAUUAUCAGUAAUAGGAAAAGUUUAUAGAAAUAUAAUUCGAGAAAUAUUUCUAAACAAUACAUUAGAAGGAAGAUUGGAAAGAAAGAUGAUUACGUAUGACGUGAAAUUCCGCCAAAAUUCACAAACACGUUAUCAUUAUACAUAUAUCUAAUUUACACAUCUGCAAUUUUUAGCAAUAAAAAUCUUGCAUUUUAUUAACGCAAAAUAAGAAAUAGUAAAAAUGUAUAGAUGACUGAAGAAAACAAAAGUACCAAUAUUUUUUUUAAAGAAUCAGAAAUGCACAGUUAGAAAUUAAUAAAGCUUUGUAAUUGGUUCAUACAAUUAAAUAACGAUCGAUACAAGUUAUUACAUAUAACGACUAAUUAUAAUUAGAUUCUGUUUCUGAAACCUUUUUCAUCAUUAUUCAUCAAUGUACGUAUAUAAAGAAAGAAUAUAUGCCACCAUUGUGCCUUUUUACAUUAUUGAUCAAUAUCAUAUAUAAAUAAACGAUGUAACAUUUAAUGCAACAUAGAAUUCGGAAUGUAAAAACUCAUUUUUGAUGUAUACAUUUCUUUCUACCUAUUAUUGCGAAUACGUUACAAGUAAAUACGUAGCAGUCCACAAACAUGAUAUCUGUGAAUAAACUUGUUGUAUCAUUAUAAAUUUAAGAGUGUUAUUUGAUGAAAUAGUAAACAACACAUUUAUCUUUUGGACGGCAAUAGUAACCAAAAGAUUUAACUAGUUUAUUAGAAUUGAUAUACCGAGAAUCUCGAGGAAAAAAUAUUCAAUUAAUGUAUAAACGAUAGGCAAAAAGUGUUUUUAAAUUUAUAUAUAAGAUAAAAUAUGCCAUUAUCUAAACCGCACUGAUACGAGAAAUCAGAUAAAGAAGGCGAAAAUAUAUCAUUUGUACAGAAGACCAUUUUUAAAGUUUUAUAUAAAAUUACUUUGUAACAAUAUAUGUUAGUCUGUACCAUGAUAAUAUUAUGUUUCAUGACUACAACUAUAUAAUAUAUAAAUACAUAUAAAUAUGUUAUAAAAACUA